UUCACUUGAACGAACUGGUCCAGCAAGUUAUUUGUGAGGUGGUGUCACAGAGCUCCAUAUCGAUCUGCCAGCCCAGGCUACCUGCUGCACGGGCGGACACUGCGUCCGAGGAGACAGUCCUCCUGGCUGUUUGCUGCUUCUUCGUCACUAUCAGUGAAAGUCUUCGGCCACAGCCAUGAGGGGCUUCGCCGCGUUUCUCAUCUUUGUCCAGGGUAUCACAUGUAAACCCUCGGCUCCCUGUCCGAGUGGACAGUUUCUGCUGAAGAACCAGUGUGUUCUGUGUCAUCCCACCUGCUCUGAGUGCGACGGGCACGAGCUGUUUGAAUGUACUACCUGUGGAGUUGAUGAAGAUGGACAGGAAAGAUUCCUCCACCAAGGUCGCUGUCGGACACACUGCCCCCGGGGACUCUAUCCUGACAGGGGUCACUAUGUCUGCCUGCCCUGCAUAGCCAAUUGUGAACUCUGCACGGACGGGAACAUAUGUGCUAAAUGUCGGGAAAACUACAAGCUCCAGAAUGGGGUCUGCCAAACGGCUUCCUGUGGCAUCGGGCAGGUGCAAGACCCUGAUACAGGAGAGUGCAUUGACUGUGAAAUGGGCUGCAAAACAUGCUCUGUAGAAGACCCAGAGAUCUGCAACAGCUGUGUUGAAGGUUACUUCCUUUUCAGACACCAGUGUCGCAGGCAUUGUCCCCAAAGCACUUAUGAAGACCGGGGCCGGGGUGUGUGUCUCUCCUGUCCGACGCCAUGCACAGACUGCAGGAGUAACACACGAUGCCUUGCCUGCCAGCCUGGCUACUUCCUCAAUGGUGUUGAGUGUAUCAAACAAUGUCCACAGCAAACCUACAGUGACUCCAGUGGAUGGCGCUGCCAGCCAUGUCACAGCUCAUGCCAGACAUGCCACGGCCCUCGAUCAACAGACUGCAACCUUUGCCGUGGUGGGAACUCUCCCCUGCAUGGACAGUGCCCUCUGGUUAACUGCCCAUUGGGACAGUAUUAUGAUGGACAAUAUAGUGAAUGUCAUGCAUGUGAUGCCUCCUGUAAGACCUGCUUUGGCCCACAAGCCCUGGAUUGUUCCUCUUGUUUCAAAGGGUAUUUCCUGGACCAGGACAGUUCCUGUGUAGUGCAGUGUCCAUCUGGUUCCUACGCAAAUUCUGCCACUCAGCUGUGUGAGGACUGCUCUCCAAACUGUGAGACCUGCGUGGACACCAGUGAUAACUGCAUCAGCUGCUCCAAAGGAAUCUAUAAACUGUUUCUCCACCAGGGGCGCUGUUGGUCUAACUGUCCAGAAGGUUUUUUCGAGACAGCAGAGGGCUCCUGUGAAGCCUGUGAUGCCUCCUGUCUGACAUGCGAUGGCAUCAACUCCCAGUGUCUGUCCUGCCCUGAUGGCCACUACUUAGAGAGUGGCACAUGCAGACUUAACUGUUCCCUGCGAACAUACGCUGCAGACGACGGGACCUGCAGACGCUGUCCUCCACACUGUGAUGUUUGCUCCGAUGACAGGACCUGUUUCAAGUGUACUUUCCUCUACAUGAUGCUUAAUGGUGUGUGCAAAGCUAGUUGUCCCAUGGGCUACUACGAGGACAUGGAGGAGGGCCGCUGUGGUCAGUGCCACCCAACCUGUAGCAGCUGCUCAGGGCCCCUGACAGAUGACUGCGAAACCUGCUCAACAUUUAGCCCGAAACUUUACAAGGGUUCUUGCUCCAAAGACUGCCCCUUCGGUACUUACUAUGAAACUGAAGCAAUGGAGUGUCAAGAGUGCCACCAGACAUGUAAGAGCUGCACUGGCCCAGAAGCAAACCAGUGCACCCAGUGUGAGAAGGGGCUUGUGCUGGAUCCAAACACACUGUUGUGUGGAGUGACGGGUGACACAGAUUGCCCAAUGAGAACAUACCUACAUGAAGACCAGUUCACCUGCAUGGGCUGUCAUCGACACUGUUACUCCUGCGAGGGGCCGGGCAGUGAUGAAUGCCAGACCUGUGUGGUCCCCAAAUACCUUUACAACAGCACCUGUGUGAAUGACUGUCCAGUCGGUACGUACAACACGAAACAGGAAGCGGAUGGGACAGAGCUGGGAUUCUGUUUACCUUGUGACCGCGCCUGCUCCACCUGCAGCGGAGUAUCAUCCAGAGAUUGCCUCACCUGUUCUCCAGGAUAUCUGCGACUCCUUCAACUCUGCGUCACACACUGUCCUACUGGGUAUUACAAAGAAGGCUCCCGCUGUGAGAGGUGUGACCACUCUUGUGAGAUGUGUACAGGACCAGGGCCUGAGUCCUGCAGGACCUGCCCUCCUCCUCUUCUGGAGUUACAAGGGACCAAACUGUGUGUUGAGCGCUGCCCGAAUCGCUUUUAUGUGCUGAAUGAUUUGUGCAAACAGUGCCACACCAGUUGUCAGACAUGCACAGAUGCCUCGCCUCAGGGCUGUGUGACGUGCGACUGGGGCAGCACCCUAAAAGAUGGAGUCUGCUAUCCUCAGUGUGAGGAGGGGCGAUAUUUUUCACAAGAGGAAACCUGUGAGCCAUGCCACAGCUCAUGUAGGCAUUGCAACGGCCCUAGACCUGACCAGUGUUUGACUUGUCACCGUGAUUCUGCUCUUCAUGCUGUGGAGAACCGCUGUGCCCGCUGCUGUAAGGCUGGAGGAAACCAAACUGACUGUUGUGUUUGCGACAGCCGCUCAGCUCUGUGCGUGGAGGCUCCCAAGCCCAAGUCAGGUGAUGAUGAAGGAUCAGACCUGAAUAUGUCAUCUAAAGCUCUGAAGCACACAACAGCUGCCCUGCCUGUCGCCCUGCUGCUAGCACUGGGGUUAGCUCUGGCUGUGUUUGCUUUGGUCAAGGCCCAGGCAAAGAAAAGGUUCUGCUGGAGCCAGAGCUAUGAGAGGCUGAGCGGCAGCGCCAGCAUCAACAUGCCUCAUGGUGUGCCCGAGCCAGACAGUGGAGACGAGGUGGACGUUGUGUACACCAGUAGAAAUGGAUCAGUGUAUCGGCGCUACAGCUUUAUCCAUGAGCAGGAUGCAGACGCAGACUAGGAUGUGGAUCAGAGAGCUUCAUCUUAGAUGCAUCAUAAUUAUCUUUGUUUCGCGGACGCUUUCAAAUCUGACAGUUGAAUUUGAAAUAGUUUGAUGUUUAGGAGAGACUGCAAUUAUAUUUUGCAUUGGUAAGGUGCUUUUUGAAUUCUGGUGUUUAUUUUAUUCAAUUAAGUGCCUGUAUCUGCACAUUUUUAGAUGAGGUGUAUGUGAGGGAAAAAGUGAAAUAAAACAUAGCUGUGUGUAUAUAAAUAGGUAGCCUUAAUUUUUUUUUUACUAGGUAUUUAGGAGA